GAAAUAUUACACAACCAAAUUCUGCUCCAUUACCAUCCAAAAAUCCUAAUAUUUAUAUCAUGGAUAUUAGAAAUUAUACGUGGGUUAAUUCAUUUGAAAUUACAAAUGCAAAUGUAACGAAUAAUUCUGACCCAUCGCCAUCAACACCAAAAUCAUCGCCAAUUAUUUUUGUUACAAAUAGUGAAUUGGGUACAAUAAAAAUUGCCAUUGCAUCAAUUGGAGGAACUUUAGGCGCAGUUAUAAUUAUAGCAUGUGGAUUUUUAUUUUAUAAAUGGAAUAGAAAAAGGAAAGAUCAUUCUCUUAGGUAUAUUAAUGAAGAACAUACUUUACCAGGAAAUGUUGUUGAACAUAAUAAUACUUAUAAAAUUUAUCAAUCAAUCAGAGUGCCCGAAGGACUUAAAGAUGUGCCAACAUUAAAUUAUUUUGGAUAUAUUAUAUCUUUGCUUUCUAAUGAAGGUCCUGACAAACUUUGGGAAAAUUCACAAAAAGUUCUUGAGAAAGAAGGAAUUGGAAAAGUUUGGUUCAAUGGAGCAUGGCAUAUCAUUACAACCGAUUUAGGACUUACAAAAGAUGUAUUUACGAGAGCAGAUUUGUUUCCUAAACCAUCGAUCGAAGAAUUGUUUCCCGGAUCUUUAUUGGCUAGUUACUAUGGCACAAACGUAGUAUUUUCCAACGGAGAUGUUUGGAAACGUCAUCGUUAUAUUAUAAAUCCUGCGUUUAAAAGUCUACCCAUGCAUGUAUUUGAUGAAACUGCUUUGAAAUUGCUGAAAGUUAUUGAAAAAGUUGAUAAUGGACCUAUAGAAGUCAAAGAUCUUAUGCAUAGACUGACUUUAGAUGUUCUUGGAAGAGCUGCUUUUGGAUUUGAUUUUAAUAAUCUUGAAGAUCCAACAAAUGUCUAUGCUACUACAUAUAAAGAGGUGACAGAAGAAUGUGAUAAACCAAUAUAUUUUAUUUUGCCAUUCUUAGAAAAUAUCCCGUAUUUUUAUCGAACUGAAGCGCGUAAAAAAGUUGCAAAGAUUAAUGAUUUAUUUAAUGGACUUAUUGAAACCAAACGUAAAUCAAUGGAAACUGACGAAUUGGGUAAAAAAAUAGACAAUAAUUCCGCUGAUAUGUUAGAACGUAUGAUAAACGCUGCUAACGAUCCAAAAUAUCCCAUGUCAAACGAAGAAAUGCGAAGCAAUCUUGCAAUAUUUAUGUUGGCUGGUCAUGAUACUACUGCCAAUGCUUUGGCUACCGUUUUAUAUGUGUUAGCAACCCACAAGGAUGUGCAAAGCAAAGUUCGUGAUGAAAUAUUACGUGUUCUUGACGAUAACUUAACCCCAACCAUCGAACAACAAAGAGAAUUAAAAUAUAUGAACAUG